UAGGAUUCUACUGUGAAAAUAGUACUUGAAAGCAAUUGAUUGACCAAUCAGGACAAAAAAGACAAAGAUUUCUUCGAAACAUUUGUAAUGCCAAGUCCGACCAUCUAUUAUUAUUUACUUCAAUGCACAAUCAGCGAUUCGAUAUGCCGCCAUUAUGCAAGUUCGAUUUAUGUUGAUUCCCGCCUUCAAACAAGAUUCGGUUGUUGAAUCAUCGUAUUUGGAUGAUCAUUAAACAUUGAUUUACUAAUGUAUCGGAACAAAUCGGUGAAGGGAUUUAUAUCCCCUUUAAUUGCUCAAUCCCGAACGAAUGUCGAAGAAAGUAAGGUAAACGCGAGUCAACAAGAAGCAGCGAGCGAUUCGAGAAAAUCUCUUAGAAGUAACGCGCAGCUUUUAAGCAUUUUCGAAAAAGGAAAUAUAGAGAAUGAGGUCACUCACGAUAACGUUGAAAUAGAAAAUAAUGCCCCGAAGAAACAAGAUGCCAGUGCAUCGGUUCACGAGAAGAAUACUUCAAUUAUUGAUUUGCCGCAAACAAAACCGAAAAUAAUUUUCAAUGUGAUGUAUGGCAGAGUAACUUCGAAAAAACACAAAACAUGGGAUAGCGACGGUUUCCUGGAAGUAACUGGGAAAAACGCAAUUCUUAAGGAUUUGGAUGGCAAAGUUAUAGGAAGAAAAACAAUCAAUUCAAGUGAUACAGUGGAAGAAGGUUCGAUAUUAAAUAUUGGAAAUAAGCAAAUUGAGAUUAAAGAUCAGAUGUCACAAGAGUUAUCUAUAUCAGAAGAGUAUUACAAAGAAAGAAUAGAAGAACAACCACAAAAAAAGUUUAAGGCAUCUACUGGAUAUAUAUCUAUUUUGCCAAAAAAAGAAGAUGCUGAUGCAUCAGUUUACAAAAAGGAAGCAUCUACUGUAAAUUUAUCUCCAGCAAACAUAUCAAAAAUCAUCUUCAACGUAAUGUAUGGCCAAAUAACUUCAAAGAAGUACAAAACAUGGGAUGGUGACGGUUUGCUGGAAGUAACUGGAGAAAGCGCAAUUCUUAAGGAUUUAGAUGGGAAAGUUCUGGGAAAAAAAGCAAUUAAUCCGAGUAAUGCAGUAGAAGGUUCCAGAUUAAUUAUUGGAAAUAAGCAAAUUGAGAUUAUAGAUCAAGUAUCACAAGAGAAGCAUUUUGAGGAAACUGUAGAAAAAGUGGUACAAGAAAAAAUUGAAGCCUCAACAAAUGCAAUUACAAAAGGACUAGUAAUGAAUUGUGAGCCCUUAGUGAUGCCAUAUAUGAGUUCUUCUGCAUGUGUAAGCCAUGAGGAGCAAGAAGUCUCAGUGGAUUUCUGUUUAGUAGCAAAGCUUAGAGAACAUCAGCGUUAUGGAAUUGUAUUUCUUUAUGAAUGCUUAAUGGGGCUAAGAGUGCCAGAUUAUUUUGGUGCAAUUUUGGCAGAUGAGAUGGGCCUUGGCAAAACCUUACAAUGUAUUACAUUAAUUUGGACAAUGUUAAAGAAGGGUCCAUAUGGCAAACCGAUCGUGAGACGUGUGUUGAUAAUAACACCUCGCAGUUUGUGCAACAAUUGGGACAAAGAAUUCACAAAAUGGUUAGGCAGUCACAGAAUAUCUCCAUAUGUUGUAGAUGGAAAAAAUAGACCUAAAGAUUUUAUCAAGCAUCCCAAAAAUUCAGUAUUGAUUAUUAGCUAUGAAAUGCUCAUCAAAUGUUAUAUGGAAAUUAGUAAGAUUACCUUUGAUUUACUUGUGUGCGAUGAAGGCCACAGGCUGAAAAAUAGCAGCAUAAAAGCGGGAAAACUGUUACGCGAGAUUAAUUGUAAAAAUCGGAUUAUGUUAACCGGUACUCCUAUACAGAAUGAUUUGAAAGAAUUUUAUACAUUAGUCGAUUUUGUUAAUCCUGGCAUUCUUGGCUCUCCUCUCGAAUAUAAAAAUUAUUAUGAAGAUCUUAUUGUUGCAUCUCAAUGCCCUAAUGCUGAUGAGAACGUCGUCAGUCUGGGAUCUGAAAGAGCCACGGAAUUACAUGAGCGCACCAAAUCUUUUAUUUUGAGACGUACACAAAACAUAAUAAACAAAUAUCUGCCAUGUAAAUACGAAAUAGUUUUGUUUUGCUCUUUAACCAGCGAGCAGAUGGAUUUGUAUUCUCUUGUUACCGAUGCUUGGUUCAACAAAAUUUGUCUACAAGAUAAAAGUCAUACACAUUUGUCUAUUAUUAUUGCUCUUAAAAAAAUUUGUAAUCAUCCAAAUUUGUUCAUAAAUGACAAAGAGAAUGAGCUAUGCAAAACUUUGUCAAAGGCAAUAUGUACAAUGCAAUUGAAACAGGAUAAGAAUUUUAUAAAAUAUUGUGGAAAGAUCACAAUUCUACAAGUAUUGAUGAGAAAUUUGAAAAAAACCGACGAGAAAUUAGUAUUAGUUUCGUACUAUACACAGACACUUGAUCUUUUUGAAACUAUAUGUGGUAUAGAGGAAUUAAAAUUCUUAAGAUUGGAUGGCACUACUUCAUGUUCUACACGAUCAAAAGUAAUCGAGCAAUUUAAUACACGAUCAGAUAAUAACAAAGUCCUCUUGCUAAGUGCCAAGGCAGGUGGUGUUGGUUUGAAUUUACCUGGAGCAUCCAGACUUGUGUUAUUUGAUUCUGAUUGGAAUCCCGCGUCUGAUGUGCAAGCUAUGGCAAGGAUUUGGAGAGACGGACAAAAGAAGGAUGUUUAUAUUUAUAGAUUAUUGACAACAGGUACAAUAGAAGAAAAGAUAUACCAAAGGCAAAUUAGCAAAGCUAGUCUGAGUGAGUCUGUAGUGGAUCUGAAUCAUCUUGGAUCUUUAAAAUUGUCAACUGCAGAACUAAAGGAUCUAUUUACACUGACAACUGAUACAGUUUCAUUAACACACGAUUUAUUGAAUUGCUCUUGCUCUGGUCAGGACAACGGACGUAUAUCGUCUUCUGAAGAAUCAACAAUGAACGAUAAUGAGACGGAAGAUUAUCAAUUUAUAUCAGAUGAUAAACCAUCUCAACAAAAUUUAACUAUAAAUCAGCUUCGAGAUUGGCGACAUUAUAAACAGCCAAUUCCACUUGACAUUAUGCAGGACAUUAUGUUAACAGAAGCAGGCGAUUAUAUAACAUUUAUAUUUAGAAAUUCUACAAUGCAACAUACACAAACUAAUUAAAGAUUAAAAAAUUAUAUUUUUAUUAUUAAAUCAACUGAAUAAGAAAUUGAUAAGUGAAAAAUUAUAAUUAUUAUAU